UUGGAUUGGACAUGGACACCCUCCAUCUCCAUUCCCUUUCUUGCCACCAACACCAAACCAAAGCAGCUUUCGCGCACUAACCAGAGCACACUGCUCCUCCGCUCUCUCUUCCUCCUCUCCUCCUCCUCCCCCCCAUUUUAUUUUAUUUAUUUAUGUAUUUAUUUCACCCCUCCUGCUAGCCAAUCCAUCGGCUCUGUAACUGUUCCUAGGAGGGAGGGAUUUGCCCCAAAGUUCCGUUCUUGAAUUUUGUUCUUGCUUGUCCCAAAUCCCUACCUGCUGCAUUUGCUUCUGCUCCCGGAUUCGAGCGCCCCAAUCCAGGGAGAUUCCCACUUCUUCUUGGGCAUUUCUGGUCCAGAUCUUUGGCUGCCGCAAGAUCUGAAGAAUCAUCCCCACCCACGGCGACGGCGACGGCGAUGAGGCCGGAGAUGCGCCUGGAUUCGGCGGCGUUCCAGCUCACCCCCACCCGCACCAGGUGUGAUUUGGUUGUGGUGGUGAAUGGGAGGAAGGAGAAGAUCGCCUCCGGCCUGCUCAACCCCUUCGUCGCCCACCUCAAGGUCGCCCAGGAGCAGAUCGCCAAGGGAGGCUACACCAUCCUGCUCCAGCCGGACCCAGGGGCCGACGCGCCAUGGUUCACCAGAGGCACCAUUGAGAGGUUCGUCCGUUUCGUGAGCACGCCGGAGGUCCUGGAGCGGGUCACCACCAUCGAGUCCGAGAUACUGCAGCUCCACGACGCCAUCGCUGUCCAGAACAAUGCAAAUAUUGGGCUCAAAUCUGCAGAAGCCCAUAAUGGGGACUCCUCCAUGGAAGGCAGCAAGACAAGUUAUGAUCCUGAUGGUGAUAAGGCACUCGUCCUAUACAAGCCUGAUACGCAUCCAGCAUCUCCACUGCAGAAUGACACUGGAGCGCAUGAGGAGCAUUCAAAAGUUCAGCUUCUCAGAGUGCUGGAGACACGCAAAACUGUCUUACGUAAAGAGCAGGCUAUGGCCUUUGCACGUGCUGUGGCUGCUGGGUUUGAUAUAGACAACCUGAUAUAUUUGAUCUCAUUUGCAGAGCGUUUUGGUGCUUCACGCUUGAUGAAGGCAUGCACACAGUUCAUUGAUUUGUGGAGGCAAAAACAUGAAACUGGACAGUGGAUUGAUGUUGAACCUGAAGCAAUGUCUGCACGCUCUGAAUUUCCUCCCUUCAAUGCUGCUGGCAUUAUGUUAAUGGGAGAUAAGGAAACAAUGUCCGUCUCUAAUGGAGAUACAAAUGGCGAAGAUGCUGCUAAAGCUGACCACAGGACACAUCAGCACUCAGGAGCUCCCCAUCAUGGUCCAUACCAAUCAGCAUAUCCACCAUGGGCAAUGCAUCCACCUUACCCCAUGCAAGGCAUGCCACCAUACUACCCUGGGGCGAACCCAUAUUACCCUCCUCCCUACCCCCCAACAGAUGAUCCCAGGUACAACCAUUCAGAAAGGAGACCAUCGAGGAGGCACUCCUCAGAUAGCAAGGACUUCAACAGCUCCGAUGAUGAAAGUGACGACCAAAGUGGUUCAGAUAGAGAGAGUUCUCAUGGCCGCAAGUCGAGUAAAAAGGGAAAUCGCUCGGGCAAGAAGAAAUCCAAUGUAAUUGUCAUACGUAAUGUAAAUGUAACAUCAAAGAAGAAGCACGGGUCAUCAGAGAGCGAGUCGCAAUCAGGCUCUGAUGUGGCAUCAGAGGAUAGUGAUGAUUCACACAGAAAAUCCAGCAAGAGGAAUCAUCAUAAGCGCUCAAGCUCGAAGAAAAAAGGGGAUAAGAAAACCACUGCUGAGUCUGAAGAUGAGUACACAAAGGAUGGAAUGUCUAAUGGGCAGCAAGAUGGAGAUCAAGGAAACUGGAAUGCGUUCCAGAAUUUCUUGCUCAGAGAUGAAGACAAGACAAGAGACCAUAAUGACGCGGACAUCUUCGCCAGUGAAAGAGAGGCACCACCUAGGAGGAAAGAGACCGCAAGAAAUAUUGAUGAUCCUAUUCUUUUAUCAGAGCGAGGUUCUGCUGAUGUCAAUGAGCGGCAUGCGACGUCUUUCAGUUCAGCCAAUGGGAGAAUUAGGGCCAGACAGAUGAUGCCUGGUGAUGAACUUAUGAUGUCUGGGGAAGGUCGGAGCUUUGUGGAUGGUGGCAUGAAGGAGAUAGAAGCUGGAGGUGGAGGAUACAGAAGAGGGGCAAAUGAUGACUUCAUGGUUUAUGGACAGGACAACUCAAUGGACAGGAGGAGCUCCUUGGACCCCCUUGCCGAGGCGCAUUACAAGAGACCCACUCCUCUAGAGGAAAAGAAGAAUGUGCACAGUAUGGGCGAUGAGUCCUUCAUGAUACCUGUUACCUCCAACUCACAGGAUAAUGUUGGAGCAGCCGGCCGUACCGCCAUUGACAUAGAUGCCGAGCUUGGCUCAAGUGUUAAGAAAACAUCAGAUGCUAAGGCUGGAGCUGAACUUUUCUAUGAGCCAGAUGAGUUGAUUCCAGAGCGUGGAUUUGAAGAUGUUUCAUUUGGAUAUGACCCAUCAAUGGACUAUGACAGCCACAUGCAGAUUCAGCAUGACGUCAGCGUUGAAGAUGCAAAUGCAGAGGAUUUAUCCGUUUGUGUUGAGGGUGAAGAAAAGAUGCCGGGGAAAGAUAAGAAGCUUAGAGGUUCACAGGAGGGCUUGGAUAAAAGAAGGAAGGAUGCCUCAGCAAGGAGAUUGUCAGCUCCCAAAGGACCACUAACCGAUGCACAGAAACGCGCGCAAAACCUACGGGCGUACAAAGCGAGCCUUCAAAAGGAAAAGAAGGAGCUGGAAGCGGAGCAGAUGAAACGGCUGGAAAGGCUUAAGCAAGAGAGGGAAAAGAGGAUUGCUGCCAGAAGCGGCGCAUCGAAUCCCCAGAAAACAGCAGCUAAAGCAAGCGCAGUGAGCAAGUCAACCUCAUCCUUGGCUGAGAUGAAGAAGGAGAAAAGUGGCGGCACAACCGAAUCCUUGAUUGAGCGAUUGAAAAAGCUUGCUCAACCUAAAACCAAUGCUUCAACUUUGAACCCCAAGCCAGCGACCGCGGACCACCCACGGAGAAGAAGCUUGCCGCAAUAAGGUCCCUGUGCUUUGGGGGGUAUUUAUCUAGUUUUGUUGACUGAUUGAUGAGGGCAACAAUUCGGUUUGUAUUGAUUAAAUUUUUUGGUCUGUUGAUUUCUAGUACAUAAUCUACACAUUGUUGUAUUAUGACGGAAUUGUUUGUAAGCAGUUUGUUUGUAUAAUCUGUCCUUUACAUUGUCUUACAAUCUACACAUUGACUCUAGUAUAUAUUUGUGGAUUGGACAUAUUGAUCUGAAAA